AGACUGGUUUAUUCUCUUACAAGUGAGACCUGUCAAGAAGAGGACCUUUUGCUUGUGAUGGCUGGUUUUAUGAAACCCGUGAAUACCUUUAAAGAUGAAUUAACUUGUUUUAUGUGCCUUCAGGUAUUUACAUAUCCAGUUUCGCUCAAUUGCUCACACAGUUUCUGCCUCAAAUGCAUUCAGGAUCAUCUGAAGCACAAAGCAGCAGCUGACAAGUACAGUUGCCCUGAAUGCCACGCUGAGUUUGAGGUGAAGCCAAGACUAGUGAAAAAUGGAGAGCUGUCUGACAAGGUGCAGCAGCAUGCGCGGUGUCAUGAGAACGGCAUUAUCUGUGAUUACUGUCUGGAAGAAGAGUCCCCCGCCGUGAUGAGCUGCCUUCAGUGUGAAGCCUUCUUCUGCAUGACCCAUCUCCGACCCCACAGCGAGAAGAUGUACCUGAAAGACCACGUCCUGGUGGAGCCUGCAGAGGCAAUGUCCUUGAGAAAGUGCCCCGAGCACAAGGAAAUCCUGAAGCUCUUCUGCAGAGACCAUGGCACUUGCAUCUGCAUGCUCUGCUGUAUCGUGGGCCAGCACAAGCAGCACCCGGUGUGUACCAUAGAGGAAGCAAAAAAAGAAGCAGAGGAUUCCCUUGUUGAGAAAUUACAGGACCUUAAUACAAAGAAGAUUAAAAUAAAGGAUGCAAUAAAACAGCUUCGAGAAAUACACUCUCAUUCACAGGAUGCAUAUUCAGCCUUCCAUGAAAAAGCAGUUCAUCACUACAAACAGAUAAAAGCCCUCAUUGAAGAAGAUGAACUACAGGCUCUGCAGUUCAUUGAGUCCGAAAGGCAGGUUGCCAUUUCACACAUUGAAUCCCAGACCAAGGAGCAGGUGGAGGAGCUAGAUGAUAUGGAAAGAACUAUCCAACAGAUUCACACCCUUUUAAACCAGACUGACACUGUAAGAUUCCUUAAGGGUGUGAACUGCAAUGAAUAUAGAAUUCACUCCAUACUGAGGAAGCAACAGCUAAUUGUUCAUGAAACAGUCGUCGACGAAGAAAAACUUUCAUCCUUAAUUAAAUCCAUUACUAAGCUUUCAAACAGUUUAACAAAACAGACUGCCUCUGUCAGGAAGGCCUUUUUGGCAUAUGCAACAACUGUCACUUUGGACCCUGGAACUGCAAAUGAAAAUCUAAUUUUAUCAGAAAAUCGAACCAUUGUGCGCUACACAGAUGAACCUGUGAAAUCUCCGUACAAUCCCAAGAGGUUUGAUGACACCUUGUACGUGCUGGGGUGCGAGGGGUUCAACUUUGGACGGCACUACUGGGAAGUGGUUGUAAAAAGCAAGACAGACUGGGAGAUUGGCGUUGCAUAUUCUUCACUGCCCAGGAAAGGGAAAACCUGGCUGGGGAGAAAUAACAUUUCAUGGUCUCUGGAUUGCAGCGGAGGCCAGUGCACAGGAUGGCAUAAUAAUAGAUCCACAAAACUGAACAUGAAAUCCAAUUUAGAAAGAGUUGGUGUGUAUUUGGAUUACACAGGGGGCAUGUUGUCUUUUUAUGAUGCUGAAAAGAUGACUCUGUUACUGUCUUUUUAUAGUAAAUUCACUGAAGCAGUCCAUCCUGUGCUCAACCCGUGUAACAGCAAAGGAGGAAACUUUGCACCUUUAAUAGUUCUCUAGUGCAAACGUAUUCUGAAAAAUUAGAAUUAACAUAAGAUAGAUGUAUAAUGCAAUGCAUGUGUACUAAUGCAUUUGACUAUGAUAAUAUUAAAAAAAUAAAACAGCAGUAAUGUCAUACUUCAGGACGUUGUAGUUCUUAUUGUCCCUGAGGUAUCAUUUUUUUUCUUCGUUUGAAAGUAUAAAAUAAUGACAUGAUACAUUACAAUGCCGUUAUUUGCCAGUGAUGUUAUUAUUGACAUCAGACUAUUUCUAAGUUUUAUAAUCUUUAUUAUCCUAAAAUGCAGAUCUUUUUCACCAGACGCAUUCAGGGUUUAAAAUUAUAGCUUGCAGCCCAACAGAUUUUUUGUCUAAUUGUAUUGGUACCAGUAUUAAUACAUUUAUAUUGUGAACCUAUGUUUUAAGAAUCUGUAUGUUGUGAACAGUAUAGUGUACAGCAUUUAACUUGACGAAUUUGCUACUAAUCAGUGUUAGCCGAAACACCUUUCUACUUGACUUAGUUUUGAGUUUAUUAAAAACAGAAAAUGAAGCAACUGUUUCCACUUUUAGUCUAUAUUCUAUACAAUAAAAGUAUUCUGCUCUUAAUAAUCAAAGACUAUAGCUGGAACCUAAAUCCACAAAUUAUCUUUUAACAAUUAUUAUUUUAGUAAAAUAAUAGUUAUAUUUUCUAUAAUUAGAUAAAGCUAUGAACUGUAAAUGCACAAGAGACAAAAAAUGUGUUAUUUAUAAGUGAG